AUGGCGGUUAUUGAUCAACAUCACGACGACUUCUCCAAUGUGUCCUGGCACUCGGAGCAAGCCGCUGCUGCUGAGAGCUCUAGCUCAGUGGCAGGCAGAAACUCUGACGAGGCCGAUCGCAACGGACAUUCAGCCUUUGACAGCGAUGCCGCAGAUACCACCGGCCAGGAAGUGCUGGAAUGCACCGUCUCCGAGCCGCUGAAGGAGAACGAUGGCUCCAAAGACACCUUUGUAUCAUACAUGAUUACUACCAACACCACAUUUGCGACCUUUCAGCGAUCGCAGGCAAUCGUCCGCCGACGGUUCACGGAUUUCGUCUUCUUGUAUAAGGCACUGAGCAGAGAAUAUCCCACCGCCGCGGUCCCUCCUCUCCCCGACAAGCAGCGUAUGGAAUAUGUCAGCGGCAACCGCUUCGGCUCGGACUUCACCAACCGCCGGGCGCAUUCUCUCCAGCGCUUCUUGACCCGUCUCUCCCUUCAUCCCGUCCUUCGUCGCGCCGAUAUCUUACACAUCUUUCUCGAGAGCCCCGAUUGGAACGCCACGAUGCGCAGUCGCAGUACGAGGGGAUCGCAGAGCAGCGAUGCAGGCAGCAGUGGUGUCUUCGACAACCUGACGGACAGCUUCCUCAACGCCUUCACCAAAGCCCACAAGCACGAUAAGCGAUUUCUCGAGGUGCGCGAGCGCAGCGACAAACUGGACGAGGACCUGGCCCACAUCGAAAAAGUGGUCGCAAGGGUGGCUCGCCGGGAGACCGACCUCGAGCUCGAUUUCAAGGACCUGGCAGAGCAGUUCCAGAAGCUCAUCACCCUUGAGCCUGGCGUCGAGAACGAGGUCAGGCACUUUGCCAAUUCGGUCGAGGACACCGCGGUGGGCCUUAGAAAGCUCAGGGACGUCACCGACCAGGAUUAUCUGGGCAGUCUCCGGGACAUGCAAGCCUACAGCAUCGCGCUGAAGAGCCUUCUGAAGGCUCGGGAGCAGAAGCAGGUGGACUACGAGCAGCUCACCGAGUAUCUUAACAAGAAUACCGCUGACAGGGACAUGCUCCAGUCCGGACAAGGCUCUGGCGGUCUCUCGGGUGCUAGCGGAAGGCUCAUGCGUAAGCUGGAAGAUGUGCGCGGAGUAGACCACGAGCAGUCGCGCCGUGACCGGCAACGGAAACUCGAGAUGAGCAUCGAUAAGCUCACCACCGAGGCGGAGCGAGCCAAGAAGACAAGCGAGCUCUUCGACGACGAGGUUGUGAAGGAAGUCGCCGAUUUCGAGCGGAUCAAGCGGGUUGAGUUCAAGAAGCAGCUCGGCGGACUCGCCGACUCUCACAUUGAGUUCUACGACGACGUGAUUGGGAUCUGGGAGGGGUAUGUCAAGGCGAUGGAAAAGGAGGGCGUUUCGGGCACUCGCAGCACUGGCGUCGAGCCUCCCGGCCGUAGGCUGGCUGAAUAG